UUCAUCUUUUAUUUUCUUUCUCUUUCUCUCCAUCUUCAAUUUUCUCUCUCUCAUCAUCAUCAUCAUCAUCUUUUCUCAUUUGGUAUACAUUUGAUUUCUCAUCACACCAAACAACAAUUCGAUUACCAGAAUUUUUCAUAUUCUAUUGAGAUUUCAGUUUUCUUUCAUUUUCUAAUCAAUUUCAAACAGUUAUCAUCAUAAAUUGUCUCUCGCAUCUUCCUCUAGCAUAAUUUUUACUACGAUCAUUGUAACCAAAUCAUAAUCUUUCCUUUACUACUCCAUGAAUACUGAUUCCAUAUUUCUGUAGUUUUCAUCUUCUCAUCUUAUCAUCUUCAUCUCUUUUUCUCUCCAUUCUUCUAAAUUUUCACUAUAGUAGUUUCUCUUACUACCAAGUGAUCUAAUAAGUGUGGUCUCUUUCUCUCUCUCUCUACCUGCUACCUGUGGCAAUGUUCAUCUCAAUUGAUUGGAUAUGAGUCUCUAUGAAAACCACAGCAACAAUGCCUCAGUCCACCAUCAACAAGUUCACCAUUCACAUCAUUCACCUUUAAUUGAUUCCAAUUGUCCAAUAAUUUAUGGUGAAUUGGUUAUCUUAGGAUAUAACGGUAAUCUUCAUCAUGGAGAGAAAGGUCGUCGUCGUAGUAAAUACAUUUUAACCCAACGAAAUAUUCCCAAUGGUGUUAAAAAGUCAAAACAUUAUGUGGUCAAACAGCCUCAACAAACAAAGGCUAUUCAGGAUAAAGGAAAACAUUCAAUUUCUUAUACAUUAUCUCGCACCCAAGCUGUGAUAGUCGAAUACACUCCUGACAAUGAGACUGACAUGUUCCAGAUUGGUCGGUCAUCCGAAAGUCCAAUUGAUUUCGUUGUCAUUGAUACUGUUUCACCCGAUAAACCUGUGGGAGAUACAUUGGUCCAACAAAGUACGAUAUCAAGAUUUGCCUGUCGAAUCCUAAUUGAACGUAAACCUCCCUACACGGCUCGUAUUUAUGCAGCGGGAUUUGAUUCUUCGAGGAAUAUUUUCCUUGGUGAAAAAGCAACCAAAUGGCAACACGAUGGAGAGAUGGACGGUUUAACUACCAAUGGAAUCCUUAUAAUGCACCCGAAGACAACUUUCUGUCCUAAUGGGACAGUUAUUGAUCGCGAUCCGUCAAACAAUAAUCAAAAAUAUUGCCUUUGGAGAGAGGUUUCUGUUUGUGGUGGUAUUUAUGCCAUUCGGGAGACUCGAUCAGCUUCCGAAAAAGGUGACAAAAUUGAGAGUGAGACCAACAUCCUUAAAGAUGGUACACUAAUUGAUCUCUGUGGUGCCACCUUAAUUUGGCGAUCAGCUGAAGGAUUAUUACGAUCACCGACCAAGAAAAGUUUAGAGGAUAUGAUUGAUGAUCUGAAUGCCGCUCGUCCCCAGUGUCCAGUGGGUCUUAAUACCCUUGUAAUACCAAGGAAAAGCUCAACUCUUUGUGAAAAGGAGAAACAGCCUUAUGUUUAUCUAAACUGUGGCCAUGUCCAAGGGCUUCACGAUUGGGGCCAAAGUAAAAACUCUAACGCACGAACUUGCCCAAUGUGUCUAAGUGUCGGUCCAGUGGUAAAACUGACCAUGGGAAUUGAAUCAUCAUUUUAUGUUGACUGUUCAUCUCCAACAUUUGCAUUUAAUCCCUGCGGUCAUAUGGCAUCUGAACGGACAGUCAGAUUUUGGUCUUCGAUUGCAAUACCUCAUGGAACCAAUGGUUUCCACGCAAUGUGUCCUUUCUGUGGUACUCCAGUUUCCGGGAAAAUGGGAUUCGUGCGAUUAAUUUUCCAAGAUCAUGUUGAUUAAAUUGUCUACAAUCUAAACAGUAACAAUUUCCAAUAACAAUUAACCUAAUCAACCAAAAACAAAACAAAACAAAAAAAAGACAGAGACAAAACUUGAAAUGAUAACAUUUCAAGUGUAUGUUGAUCAAUCAAUUAUGAUACUUUAAGUAUCCAAAAUAAUCUUGAUAAUUAACAUGAACAAUUUAAAAAGGAGGCUCUACUCUAAUUUCUUAAUUGUAUUUCUAAUUUCAUCAUCAUCAUCAAUAUCAUCAUCGCCAUCAUAUACACAACUAAUUACAUCUUUAAAUACAACAUUUCAAUUUUAACAUGAAUAACCAUCAAUACUUUUAAUGAGAAUCAUAAUUUUAAACAUGAUUGGAAUAUAACAUUUUAAAACAAAUGAUUAAUUCAUUUUUCAUGUACAGUGAUGAUAAUUAAUUGAUAAUUUACAAUAAUUGAUUGAUUUUCUUUUCUCCUUGACAAUUAGAAAAACGUGAAGAAAUCAAAUUUGGUUAUUUUUGAUUACGAUAACAAUUAAUUUUAAUGUCCAUCUCUCUCUCUCCUUUUUUUUUGCUUGUCACCUCUUCUCGCAAUCAUAAUAAUGUUAACAAAUUUAAUUGUCAACCACCAAUUUAAUAAUAAUGAUGAUUAAAAUUAAUGAUAAUCAACUUA